UGCCCUGAUUGGUCAAUGCGCUGCUUGCGUACUGACGUCAUAUUCAUACAGACAGAACGUCAAGAUGGGGACUCGUUUGAAGGUUCUCAGGGUGUUUAAAACCCUGCACAGGACGAGGAGGGAGGUCUUCAAGGAUGACGCCAGAGCCCUCACAGCUGCCAGGUCAAAGAUCAACGAGGAGUUCCGCAAAAACAAAGACGAGACGUCUGAGGAAAACAUCCAGAAGAUGAUCAAAAUGGGCUCAGAUGUGGAAAUUGUUCUUCGAGAAACUGUCUUGCAAAUGGAACACGUCGGAGACCAAACACUUGUGCUUCGACCCAGAGAAAGCCUCCUGUUAGAAAAUGUACCUUAUUGUGACCAGCCCAGGAAAAAGUCAUGACAGAUCAUUUGGCAUCGUGUCCGUCAGGAAAGAGACUUUCUACAACCGACUAUCUUCAUUUCAGUAUAAAGCAGCAUUUCAUGUUGUUAAUCAUUUCCUGGAGGGGAAAAAAAGAAAUUCUAUCAGUCAUCACCCCUUGAAAAGAGGACCGCCUGUGAUUCACUGAAAAACUUCCUCCUGCUUCAUAUGCCACUCGGAUGACGUGAUCACAUGUGGUCAUUGAUUUCAAAUGGUUUUCUGCAUAGUACGUCUGGAUCUUGUGAUUCGUGUAUAAAAUAUUAAACUGUUGUUUGUGUUACCAGAAAUGUUCUUUCAUUAUUUAGGAUGACCAAAGGAUUAUUCUGACAGUGUUUUAUAUUUAAUGCAUACAUUUUUUUCAGCCAAGCAGCCUGAAAAGGUUUAUCAAACUGAUCACUGGCUUAUGACUGAGCUUUUACACAAAAUGAAUGACAACAUCACAAAAAAGCACAGAUUUAACAUUAAUUUGGUUGUUUGUGAUUUGCUAUCUAAAACAAAGUUGAAGACAAUAGAAAAAAGUUAAAUACUUUUAGAAACUAAUACACUUUCUCUGAUUUCUGGCAAUAUUGUUGUGGUUAGAGAGAUCUUGAACACUUUGGGUGGACACUGAAUAAAAGAGGAAUAGUAAAAUAAUGACUAACGACAAGAAAAGAAAAAAGGUUUCUUACUUUAAAAAGGAAUUUUUUCAUUUCCACUGUCACUUAUGCUUGCUUGUGUAGAACUGUUUGUCUAUAAAAGUGCCUAGAAAAGACUGUUUUGUACUUGGCACUAUAUAAAUA